CCAAAAGCGCUACUUCCGGCCGACUAUUUUAGGGCUACUUUCAAAGAUGCCAUUCUAUACACAACCGGUUUAGGCUCUCUCAUCGGUUUGGGAGCAGUCGCGCCCAACGCCGCCUUUACUACAAUGACCACCACUUUAGGGUUAUCCGGUAUUGUGGGCUACCAUACCGUCUGGGGUGUGACUCCAGCUCUUCAUUCGCCGCUCAUGUCUGUAACGAACGCCAUAUCCGGGAUAACAGCUGUUGGAGGACUUCUGCUGAUGGGUGGGGGUGUGGUUCCAACUAAUUUACCUCAAGCUUUGGGCGCAACCGCUCUCACCAUUUCCACCAUCAAUAUUGCCGGCGGUUUUCUGGUCACUAAACGGAUGUUAGAUAUGUUUAAAAGACCUACAGAUCCCCCGGAAUAUAACUAUCUGUAUGCCAUUCCUGCCGGUGUUUUUACGGGUGGUUAUGCAUUGGCAGCACUCAAUAGUUUACCUCAUGUCCACCAAAUGGCUUAUUUAGGUGCGUCACUUUGUUGUGUCGGCGCUUUGGCCGGUUUGUCGAGUCAAAAGUCUUCGCGAUUAGGAAACUCUUUGGGAAUGAUUGGCGUCACUUCAGGAUUAGCUGCAACUCUUGGUCUGAUGAACAUAACGCCCGAACUGGCCAUUCAGAUCGCCGCCUGUAUGACUGGUGGCGGAGCCCUUGGCUUAACGAUCGCCAAGAAGAUUGAAAUAACAGAUUUGCCGCAAUUGGUGGCCGCCUUUCACUCUUUGGUCGGUUUGGCAGCUGUGUUGACCUGCUUUGCCACUUAUAUCCAUGAUUUUCCGACCUUUGCCACCGAUCCGGCCGCCAUGACUGUCAAAACGGCUCUGUUUUUGGGCACAUAUAUAGGAGGCGUCACUUUCAGUGGUUCUCUUGUGGCUUAUGGCAAACUUCAAGGAGUUUUAAGCUCAGCGCCGCUUCUGCUUCCGGGCCGACACGCAUUGAAUUCGGCCCUUAUGUUGGGAACAGUAGGUGCCGGCGCUUACUAUUUAAUGGACCCGAGUCAAAUGGCAGGACUGUCCUCUUUGGGAGCGACCGCUGCUUUGUCCACAAUAAUGGGAGUCACUCUGACCGCAGCCAUUGGUGGCGCUGAUAUGCCGGUCGUCAUCACAGUAUUAAACAGUUACUCGGGUUGGGCUCUCUGUGCCGAAGGGUUUAUGUUGAAUAACAAUCUGAUGACAAUUGUCGGCGCUCUCAUUGGUUCGAGCGGUGCUAUCCUGUCGUAUAUUAUGUGCAAGGCAAUGAAUCGUUCGCUGCCUAAUGUAAUACUGGGAGGAUUUGGCACAACAGCCACCGGACCGGCCAAAGCCAUCACCGGAACGCACACCGAAUGGAAUGUCGACCAAAGUGUAGAAGCGAUCGCUGAGGCCAAGAACAUAAUCAUAACCCCCGGCUAUGGUCUAUGUGUAGCCAAAGCACAGUAUCCUUUGGCAGAAAUGGUGAAAAUCCUGAAAGAAAAGGGCAAAAAUGUUAGGUUCGGUAUUCAUCCCGUGGCCGGACGUAUGCCCGGACAGCUCAAUGUACUGUUAGCUGAGGCCGGAGUGCCAUAUGAUGUGGUCCUCGAAAUGGAUGAGAUUAAUGACGACUUUAAUGACACGGAUCUGACGCUAGUUAUCGGCGCUAACGAUACCGUCAACUCAGCCGCUGAAGACGACCCCAACUCUAUAAUCGCUGGAAUGCCUGUCCUUAAAGUGUGGAAAUCUAAACAAGUGAUUGUAAUGAAGAGGAGUCUGGGUGUUGGCUACGCGGCCGUCGAUAACCCGAUAUUUUUCAAUCCAAACACUUCUAUGCUUUUAGGCGACGCUAAGAAGACAUGCGAUGCACUGCUCAGCAAAAUAAAGCAAACCUACGGAAUGCAAUGAAUUCACCGAUAAUUCCAGUAUUUAUUUAAUUUCUAUAAUCAUUUCAAUCAAUUUGUUGCAAAUGUUUCAAUCAUUUUAGGUCUGAAUUAAUUUUCCAAUCAUUUAAAUGCUUUCUAUAAAAUUAGGUUCACUUAACAAGCAAAUUAUUUUAUUUUUCAUAAAUUCCUGUAUUUCCCUGGGGCUCUGAAUCGUUUAUAAUUUUAUUUUAUUGAUUUAUUUAAAUUUUAAUUUUAUUUACCGUACAAAUAAAUGAAUUGAUUUUUUCCAUUAAAUUUAAAAUA